GUAAAUCUGUUCAGUAAAGUCUCUUAAUCCCAAGAAUGAGAUCACUGAGAUAAAAAGGUUGAGUUUGAAGGGAGUAGAAUAAAGGAUGCGGCAGCUGUGGGGGUGCGUGCUGAUCUCUGCCCUGGCUCUGGCCACCUUCUCUGAAGCCUCUCCAAAGCCCAAAGCCCUGCUCCAGGAUACUCCUCCAGGCCCUGAAGCCACUAAGAGCCUGGGACUGAGAUGGCCAGCUGCUCUGGGCUCUCCUUCCCACCACCGGAGACAACUCCACCCUCAGGACCUUCCUCACCUCAAGACAGAUCUGUCCAAGAAGCAAGAACCAUGGCUGGAAGAGGAUGCAGCAUAUGGCUGGAUGGACUUCGGACGCCGCAGUGCAGAGGAAAGGGAGCAGCUCUCCUAG